AAUCUGGAAAAGAAGAAUGAAAAGCCGAGAUUCAUUCCGCAGCCUAUCCAAGAAACUGGUGACUAUCACUGUGGCUUCAGCCAUUUCGGGAUUGCUUAUUGUGGGAAUGGCAUUGAGCAUAAUCUGGAAAAGAAGAAUGAAAAGCCGAGGCUUGCCAAGUGGGAUGGAUGACAUCGACUUGCCAUUGUAUGAUUUUGCUACCGUUGCUGUUGCCACCAACCAUUUCUCUCAAACAAACAAGCUAGGAGCAGGUGGCUUCGGUUCGGUCUACAAGGGAACUCUUUCCACAGGACAAGAAGUAGCAGUAAAAAGGCUGUCGAAAAAUUCGGGACAAGGUCCUGAUGAGUUUAUGAAUGAAGUACUUCUAAUUGCCAGGCUUCAGCACCGGAAUCUUGUUGGACUUGUUGGCUGCUGCGUUGAGGGAGAAGAGAGAAUGUUGAUUUAUGAGUAUAUGCCAAACAAAAGCUUGGAUUAUUUCAUCUUUGAUCACGACAGAAGCUCCUCUUUGGCAUGGAAAAGGCGAUUUGAUAUUGUUUUAGGAAUCACCCGAGGACUUCUCUAUCUCCACCAGGAUUCGAAACUACAAGUGGUCCACAGAGACCUGAAAACAAGCAACAUCUUGUUAGAUGCUGACAUGAAUCCAAAAAUUUCGGAUUUCGGCCUGGCAAGGAUCUUUCAAGGAGAUGGCACAGAGGCAGAGACGAGAAGAAUAGUUGGUACAUAUGGUUACAUGUCCCCAGAGUAUGCCUUUGAUGGAAAAUUCUCUGUCAAGUCCGACGUUUUUAGCUUCGGUGUUCUUUUAUUAGAGAUAGUAAGUGGCAAAAGGAAUAGAGGAUUCCAACAUCCUGAUCAUCAUCACACCCUUCUUGGGCACGCGUGGAUGCUGUGGAGUGAAGGGAGGGCCACAGAACUCAUCGAUGAAUCUGUAUGCGCCUCUUUCGUGGAGUCUCAAGCAGAGAGAUGCAUUCAGGUGGGCUUGCUGUGCGCCCAAAAGUUUCCUAAAGAUAGGCCGAUGAUGUCUAGCGUUGUCUUCAUGUUGGCGAAUGAAGGAGCAUCCUUGCCACCACCGAAAGAGCCAGGUUUCUUCGUCGAGAGAAGUUCGGGUAGCUCAGAUGCGUAUUUAGUUAAGGAAGAAUCGAACACAAAGAAUGUUGUUACAAUCACAUUACCUAAAGGUCGAUAGAAAUGCUACCGAUGAUGUGUCGGCAGAAUGUGUACUGACUUUCUCGAGUACAACAAAGGACAGAAGAAGCAUACGAUGUUGUAGGGUUGAAUGACAAAUUCUAGCAAUGGCUUUUCCUAGACUGUUGGAGAAGGGGGAUGGAAAACCUUCCACCUUCCUUCGACAUGGCUAAUUAUUUCAGACCUCUGGUCAACA